CUAGAAAUUUCAUACCAAGAAAAGGAGGAGAGAUAAGGACAAUAGAAGAUGUUUAAUAGGAGAGAAAGCAAAUCACACCUGAGCAACCGCUAACCAUCCACUGAUACUGUCUUAUGUACUGUUGUUUUUUUGUUUUUUAGUGCGGUUUUUUAGUGUUGUUGUCAGUCCCUGAAGCUUACAUUUCGGAAAACUCGCUUGCCAGAGUGCGUAUUAUAUCACAUUGCAAUAGGCCGUGCCGUGGCAGAAACGCGGAAGAGUAUAAAAUUGCCGAUGUUGACAACCCCCAUACCAUCAUGCUAUGUUCAGCAACUCAGGUUCUCUAAGUUUUAUCAAAUUAAAUCCUAAAGAGCCCAGCUUUUGUAACCCAAGCAAACAAAGUCAAUUAGAAAAAUUAUAUAAAGUGUUUAUUUUGUGUCUUGUUCGUGUUGAUUGUUGACUUACAUAAUGUCUAAGAAUGUUACAGGGAAUAUGUAAUGAAAAACAUAAGAACGAUAUGAACAUUUGCCGAUUGUGUUUAGGUCAAGAGGUCAAAAGCCAGGAAGGGAAUAAAAUAUCGCAUCCGGUUGUGCCGUUCCCUUCCGCGUUGGUGCAUUGUGGGGCACAAGUUCAGUGUCAACAAAACUUCUUCGCGACAGAGCAGCUAUGUCAGGGUUCUUCAGUUAGGAGAAAGUACUUUCAUUAAGUUAUUCUCAAGUUAAACAUGAUGCUUUAUAUUAAUGUCGGCCAUAGAGAAUGGCUCCGACUUCAUUAAUAAUCCCUUCGGUCGUGGAUCGGUGUCGUCUUCGCUUGGUGAGGGAUUCAGUGGAGGAACUUUUCAACGUUAGCACCUCCACCAUCAGCAGUGCUGUUCCACUCCUAGACGAAGACGAACCCAAGCGAUAUUAUGAUUCAGAGUCAGAAGUUGAGCAAUUCAUAACUGGUCAGACAGUUGGAGUUCAGAGCUUGGUUGUUGAAGGCAACUCCCUCAUUACAGAGGUUGACAAAAGUGAACGACGAAAUUGUGAACAUGUCGCGACAGUGCCCAAUUCUGACAUCAGUGACAGUAGUGUCACUCAAGGCCAGGAAGAUCCCGUCUCUACCCUUUGUUUUCAAACGGAUGGACCACAGGAAAACAUUGAAAAGGCGCAAACCUUUGCAAGGGCUCACUUACUUCUGAACAAGGAAGACUACAUCAUCAGGUCACAGUGUUUGAGCAGUAAACAAGAGUUUGAAAUGGUACAGCAGUGCUCCAGAGACCUACAAACCUCAACUCUGGCUUUGCUUACUUUUUCCCCUGAGAAAUUCGAAGUCUCUUAUCAGGGCUCAGAGGACAGCGUGAAAGAUGCUGAAUCGCACGUGGAAUGUAUCUUGUCUAAAUUGAGGGGUGAUGGCGAAACGAUUUUAGAUAAGCAGGAGCAGGAAAACAUUGAAAAUGAGAAGCUGAAUGUACAGAGAGCCAACAGAAAGGAUAUAAUGGCUCCAGCUGUGUCUGAGUCUUCUUCUGGUUUGUGUGAAAGAAACUCUGACGCUUCCAGAAAGAGUGUCUCUGUGAUGGGUUCUGGAACAAGUGAGGACAGCACAAACGGGGAGGAGAUUUCAAAUAGAGACUAUCAUUUGGGUGUGUGUCAAGAAAACACGUCGUCUGCCCUCAGAAUCUCCGACAGCUUGAAAAGUUCUGGUUCUGUGUCCGUGUCAUCUUUCUCGUCAACUUGUUCUUCCGAUGAGGAAAGUGGUGAGGAGGAUAAUGUACUCACUGACCUCCGCUACAGUAAGCAGGUGGAGCAGGCUGUCAAGUUGGGUUACUCUGAACAGCAUGUGAAAAAAGCUUUAUCCAAACUUGGACUAGACUGUGGGCUAGAUGAUCUUCUUCGGGAAUUGAUAACUAUCGGAGCCGAAGAGAAAGAUGUUGCUGUCAUCUCUUCGUCUGAUGGAAAUCAGUGUGAAGCGGGAAAACCAGAUCCUGGAGCCUUGCUGGGUUUCAGCAGCACGUCCACCAGCGGCCCGGGAGACGUGUCCGGAAUAUCUGCCAAAGAUUCCGUUCAGAGAAAUUCAUCUUUUGAUUACAACGACAGCAGUAACCUUCGGCAAAUCAUCAUUGAUGGAAGUAAUGUAGCCAUGAGUCAUGGCAAGACUGUGUUUUCCUGCAAGGGCAUCAAGCUUGCCGUGGACUGGUUCCGGGAGAGGGGACACAAGGACAUCAUCGCGUUUGUCCCACAGUGGAGGAAAGAGACGUCGCGGCCUGAUGCCCCAAUCACUGACCAAGAAAUCCUGACGGAGCUGGAGAAGGAGAGGGUGGUGGUGUUCACCCCGUCGCGGCGCAUCAAGGGCAAGCGAGUCGUCUGCUACGACGACCGCUACGUGCUCAAGCUCGCCCUGGACACAGAGGGCAUUGUAGUCUCCAACGACAUCUACCGAGACCUAUGCAGCGAGAACGAGGAUUUUCGCAAAGUUGUGGAGCAGAGGCUGCUCAUGUACUCCUUUGCCGAUGACAGGUUCAUGCCACCGGAAGACCCGUACGGCCGAGGGGGGAUAAGUCUGGACAACCUGCUGAGGAAGGUGCCCAUGCAGCUGGCCUUCAAGCCCCAGGAGUGUCCCUACGGCAGGAAAUGCACCUACGGGAACAAGUGCCGCUUUUUCCACCCGGAGCGAGGCUAUACGCCGCAACGCUCGGUCACGGAGGCCCUCAAAGAGCAGGCGGAACACACCAUGCUGGAGAUCAAGGAGCGAGCGGCGGAGAAAGGACGGCGGCCCAAACAGAAACUGGUGAGGACAAAGUCGUUUGUGCCGGAGACGCGACCGCUCAACCCCUCUGCCUUUGACGGUGACGCGCAGAAACCAAAGCUGAACCACUCCAAGUCUUUGGUGGCACUGUCCCCCAAGUCAGCUGAUUAUUUGAACGAGCCAAGGAGAAAAAUGGAGUCAGAACUUUCCGCUGCUUUUGAGAAAAUGCCACUAAAGCAACGGCACUCAGCUUCUUCGAUGGGAUCUUCCUUUUUUUCGACACCGAAAGACCUUGGUAAGCCGCAGUCUGUUUUUGAAGAUCCUGUACCUCAAGCGAACAGCCCCCGGAGCUCCCCACUGCCUGAGAGAGAGGUCGUAAAACAGUUUGGCGCAGGUGGCGCUGCUGUACCGGCCAGUUCUUCCCCCAUGAAGAACGUUGUCAGCGUGUCACAGCGAGCCUCCCCCUCCCAUCUGACCGUCCCAAAACACGAACAGUCGGAACCUUAUCUCAGUGGUCACUUGUUAGUCGCUAAAAAGCUGUCGGAUGAGGGCAAAAAUGACUUCUUCUCGGAGCACGUGUCGAGCCCUUCAUCCACUCGCACCUCCAGUCCCGUGGUCCCUCUUGGCAAAGGAGGGGAGCAGAGAAAUCUGGGGAUGAGCGACAGCCUGUCUCGGGAGAGUCUGCUGGAUGCGUCUUCAGCACACCCACACGGCGCUUUCUCCAACACGACGGAGAACCUGCCCAAUCUGAGCUUGUUCCACUCUGGGGAGGCGACGAGCCUGUCUCAGUCCAGUCUGCCGGGCUCAUCCUCCGAGGACCGAGCCAGUCUAGAGAUGUUGCAGCGUGCGGGCUCAGACAUGUACCCACCUCACAGCGGCACGUUCCAGGAGGACGACAACCUCCCGGAGCUGAGUAUAUUCCACCGGUCCGGAGACGCCUCAGGCAUGUCAUCUCCCAGUUCUAGAACGUUCUCCAGCGCUGGCAACCUGCGACAGCACAAUGACGAGUCCUCGAGAUGCCAGGACUUCGCCACCUCCCCCAAUGUCUUCUCCCCGGUCAUCGACAGCGGGAAUUUCAGCGGGUCUGAGACACAGCCCAGCCCGGUGACGAGCCGGCAGUCGUACUUUCAGAAGAUGUCGGGCGAGCCAGGGACCUCGGAGCCCCCGAGUCUGCGGCGAGCCUUCAGCUCCACGGGAAACGUGUUCGGCUCGGCCGUGUCAUCCGAGGGCCAGCAUGUGUCGGGGCCGCACACUGGGAGGCUGAGCGAACACUUGACCUUGAAGCCCCAGCACAGCGUGCCACUCGGACAGAAACCGCAGCUUCGGCGACAGAGCAACCACUUUGAGUUUUCUCGGCAGAACAGUUCGUCCGACCCUCAGAUUCACCAGCACUCGUACGGGGUCGGGGGUAGGGACGUGUCGGAUCAGCUGCCCGUUGGUCUCUCCCCCUACCCUGGAGGCGACCGCAGCCCGGGUCCUGGCAUGUUUUCGCCUCAAGCCGCUGUCGAACUUGGCAGCAACGCCCUCCCUCUUCCUCAACAGCAACAACAACAACAGUUCUAUUACCCACCUCAACAGCAUCUUCAACGCUCGCUCCAACCGCAGCACACAGACUCCCAGUCGCGGCGCGCGGUCCACCGGCAGUCUGUCAGCGAGGUUGUGUGGGGUGAGCCUGUGUUGGGCAUGUACCCGCCCGUGUCUAGUGGGCUGCACAGAACUCCCUACCCCCUAAAUUGUGUUGAUGGGGGUGUGAAAACAGCUUCACUUACACCGUACCCACAGUCAACCUCGGACCUCUCCGCCUAUUCACAGCAACAACACCCAGCCCGCGCUUCGUUUCCUCUGCCCAUGCAGCAGUACGGCCACGCCCCCCUGCCCUCCUCCCACUUCCGUCAGCAGCUCCCCCCACACCAGUUGACACACUCCCAGCCACCAUUCAUGCCGCACUCAAACCCGGCCGCCCCAUUUUCAUUCCCCAACCCAUCCCAACCUCCCCCUCCCCCUCAGACGGGAUACCCACCCCCGUACCACAGCUCCAGCUCAGGGUACGCCAUACCACCAGACAUGUCCAGCGCCGUCUCGAGCCCGUAUUUCCAACCAAUGCACACGCAAGCCCCACCCCCCAACGUCAUGCCCACAAUCCACCCGGAGGACACACCCAUCCUGCAGUGCGACCAGGAACGCUACCUCCUCUACCACCGGCUCAUCCCGCUGUUUGGGGAGGCUGCUGUCAGGAAGGUCAUGAACAAACACCCAAGGAUUUUGAACCCGGAGGAUCUGUGCCCGCUCAUCAUCGCGUUCAAGCAGGAAACGAGGUUGUGAGAUCUGCCGAGACUUGACCUCCGACAUCUUCUCAGCCCCAUGUGUAGAGAGUGUGUGUGUUGACAGAUCGUUAA